GUUCGAUGAACAACCGUGGGGUGACCCAACCUAACCUGAGUUAGAUGGGAUUUCUUUGCCAUUGGGAACAUUGGGAAUAUGAAUAGGUCGAUGGUUUAUGACACUUCGAGGGUGACUAAUUUGUCAAAAACCCCGGGGAUGCAGAGGAUUCGAGAGUACUUCAGCUUGGGACCUCUUGGGUCUGAGGAGGUGAUGGAUGCCGGGGAUUUUGCAGAGUCUGUUGAGGUACUUGUCAAACAAACCUGGAAUAUCUGGGGUGUCUCCUCACUAUACGGUCUCCAACAAGAAAGUCAAGUUCACCUAAAACUUUACGGAAAAAAAAUGAGAGAAGAAGUUGCUGCUAUUCUGCCCCACGAGGAUGUUACUUACGAGGCUCAAUUUUCCAUUAUCGAGGGGAUGGAUAAGAGACCAAGUGCAUCUGAUCCCGUACCCAUCAAGAUUACUGUUCAUGCAACUCCAAUGGAAAGAGGUAUUCACGAUGAGCAGACAAGAAAGCCCGAGAGAAACGACAAAUGUAUUUAUAUUGGCAUUAUGCUGUCAUGGAGAACAGCUGUCAAUGAACUGGAAUACGAGAAAUCAGUGAGAUUACCUUUGCUGUUGUGCAGAGGGACCAAAAGUGCCAUGAAAGCAGUGCAUAUGACCCUGGCUAAUAUGUUCGACUGUCAUGUAGUUGCUCUACCUGCUACGGAGGAUGAUCUCAAGUGGCUAGUGCCUGUCCUUCUCCAACCAAGUCACAAAGAUGAUCCUCCACAAAAAGGGGAGGCCAGGUUGGAGUACAGAGUACCUGGUUUACCAGUUACUGAUAGUAUUACCAUCAAGUUCGAGGUGGCCGAGUUGAUUAAAAUGUGGAGUGUAAUUUCUAGAGACGAUGCCAAUGACUCCAAUGAAGAGACAAGCUUUCGUGCUCAACAUAUCGAGAAAUUUUAUCAAGUUUUGAAUAAGCAAAUGAUACAUUCAGCUGGACUACAGUUAGGCCUCUGUAAAUUGCAUAAAAUUAGUUUGCCUUCAUUCACUAUUAUGGAUAAUAAGAUGAAAGCCUCUUCGGCUCAAGUCCUGUCCAAAGUUUUGUUAUUCUUCAAUGAAAAAGCCCUGGCGAUACUCCACCAACUCAACUUUGAUACGACAGUCUCCACUAGUGCUGUAAAUCUAUAGCACGAGACCAUUCUGAGAUGGGCUAUUUUUUUUAUUAUAAAACGAACAUUCAGAUGCACAAUAAAAAUUCAAUCAUUUUGUA